AUGCCAGUUUUUAAGAGGCGUGAGUUCCAGUUACGCAGGCACAUCAAAGCUUCACAGCUUUGCGACGGUCUUCUAAAGAUCGCUGGGCUGUACUGUGCCGAUCACCUCCGGGAGCUCCUGGACAAGAUGGAGGAGACGAUUGAGGCCGCGUGGCCGCGUGGUUCCUGGUCUGUGCUCGGCGCCUCCGAGUGCGGCAGCCCAGGGGAUUUCGGGGAUCUCGGAGCAAGUAUAUCGGAAGCCGCGUUGUGCGGCUGCCCGCAGUUCACCGAGGACGCCAUGCUGACCGCGGGCGCCGAGGAGUUCGACAAUCUGGACGCCGAUGAGGACGGCAUCGUCGAAGCGAACGAGCUCCGCGAGCUCUGCAAACCCCUGGGCUUCACUCUCUCAGCAGCGGAGUGGGACGAGCUGGUCGAGGAGCUGAACCUGGGGGACGAGGAUGUGGAGUUCCAGGAUGCCUGGGACUUCCUCCAGUCCGUGCAGGCAAAGAACGGCUUCACCGCCUCGGAGCAGCAGGAGCUCAUCGAAGCCUUCGGGCGCUUCUCCACG